AUGGAUUUAACUCAUCAGUCAAUGAAGAAGUUGGGGUCUAGGGGAUAUGACGCUUUGAUCCCAUCCCUUCCUUUGCUAUGCUAUUCUUUCUUCGCAGAAGCAGCUAAUAAGAAACGAAGAAGAAAUGUUGAGUUUCCAUCUUCUGCUCCAAAACCGAGAAAGCAAGUAGUAUUGGACGAUCGAGUUAGCUGUGGGAAGAGUAUUGCAGUAGCAAUGAUUGUGCAUUGGGCUCGCAAUGAGGGCUGGCUUGUUCUUUAUGCCCCUAGAGGUCGUGAAUGGACCCAUGGAGGAUUUUUCUAUAAAAACCCUGAAACAGGUUUUUGGGAUACACCUCUGCAGGCUGAGAAUGUUCUAAAGUAUUUUCUGAAAUACAAUGAAUCUCGCAUACAAUCAUUGCCAUGCCAAAUUUUUGAUCCUAUUAGAUUGGGAGAAGGUGCUGGUGUUGGAUGGAUGAAAGGAGUUGAAUCCAUGGCCCUCCCAGAAGGUGCAACACUGUAUGAUCUGCUUCAAAUGGGAAUCAAGUACACACAUGCAGCUGUUGGAGUUGGAGUUCGGUUGAGAGAAGAAUUAUCACUUGUUAAAGAUGUCCCCGUGCUCAUUGCUAUUGACCAGUAUAAUAAUUGGUUUACCUUCAGUGAGUAUGAGGAGCCAGUGACUGUUCGUUCUCGUCGACCAAUACAUGCUAGAGAAGUUGCAAUGGUGAAUGCCUUCAGGUCCAUGAUGCAUGACGACAUGAUGGUUGGUGCUUUCUCUCAUUCAACUGCUGUGGGAAAACUUCGUCUAGAAUUGCCAAAUGUACCUAUAGAUGCCCGUGUUAACAUGCCGCGUUAUAGUUCUGACGAGGCAGAAUCUGUUUGCCAUUACUACCUCUGGCAAAGGCUUAUACGAAGGGAAGCAUUCUCGGAGGAAAGCUGGAAAAAAGUAUACUACUUAGCCAAUGGAAAUGGUGCAGAAAUGAGAUGGUUACUUCCUUUGAUGCGGUAAAACAUAUUUUGAAGACCUGCAUCGAUA